AUGGCUGCCAUGGCGGGCUUUGCAACCGAAGCCACCGAAGGUGCAGAAAGUGCUGAAGCCCCUGCCGUGACCGCUGUGUCCCCUGUGCCUUUUGAAGUGAAGGAUGCAGCAACGAAGGCGUUGCAGAAGGGCUGCCGACCGCUGCCCAGCCACGCCCGCCGCCAGGACGCAGAGACCUUGGAAUCGCUGAUCGGGCGGGCCAAGAGCUCUGAAGUGGAUGAAGCACUGAUUAGCAAAGCGGAGAAACAACUGCAGUCUUGGUGGGCACAGGUUGAACGACAUGAAGCACUUGAUGUUCUGAAUCAGGCAUUCUUCCGGAUGGAUAGUGAUGGCGAUGGCUACAUAGAUAGAGAUGAGUGGAGCCACGUCAUCGUCAGACUAGAAGGGCCUACGUGGACGAAGAAGGAACUUGAAGAUCUUUUUGUGCGGAUGGACCGAAAACGGGAUCGCAGGCUGGAUCGUGAAGAGUUUGUUUCCCGACUACUUGAGGGUGACACUCAGAGUCACAAGCUUGUUAAGGAGAUUGUGCUCACUCCACCCACCCGGGAGGAUGGUCUUCUGGGCCACUUCGGACCGGUACUCUUGAAAGGCACUGCUUACAAAGAAUUCCCCAUUGAUACUACCGAGGCCUUGCACGAUGCAGCGCUCAUUGGCAUCAUUGUCAUGACAUCCAGCAGUGUUGACCAGCAGGUCUAUCCCAGCUCGCUGCUGCAGCUUAACAAAGAACUCCUGCGCCGUGUCGCCCAAUUGUAUCUAGAUCUUCGCGAUCCAGAAAUUGAGGACAAACCAACGGAGAAGUUCGAAGUGGUUCUGUGCAGCUUUGACACCACUUGGGAUGCUUUCACACGCACAGUGGGCCGGCCUGCACCCCCAGCACCUUGGAUGGUGAUGCCUUUCGACUCGCCAAGGCAGCGCGACCACCUAUGGCGAACUCUGAGUGUCCGCUUUCGGCACCGCUCUGACCCUGCCUUGGUGAUUUUAAAGCCAAACUUGGACAUCAUCACGGUCAAAGGCUUUUUGGAUCUGGACGUUCCGCGCAAGCUCCUCCUUCGGGUGUUUUCCGAAUGGUUGGCGGAAGCAAAUGGCCACUCUGAAGAUGGCUAG